AUGGACUGUAUGGAAGCCUUUUCAGAAGGAGAGUGGAGCUCUCUUAGUGAAAUGUAUACCAAAGAGGAGGCUGAUUUCAUGGCUCAUUUGCUCAGUAACUGUACCCUUCCUGAUGAGCUAGAUGGGAGUUCAAACUUGGGAAUUCCAUCUACUUUUUGGCCCGGACAUCAUUCAACAAUAAAUAUGACAGGGGUUUCGUACUGUUCCGCGGAUAUAGCUAACUCUAGUUCAAACAGUUUUUCACAGGGGAGUAGUUAUAGUGCUGGUAGUAGUAUUCUUUUUCCCUCUUUCAGUCAAGAGAACUACUACCUGAGUGAUUCUCAUCCAAUUUUUGUAGCAAAUAACAGCCCCAUGUCAAUUGAUUUUUGUAUGGAAGAACGUUCCUAUCUCGUUGAAGGUGAUGAUUACUUGAACCAAUUAAUGGGCAAUGGAAAUGUAGAACAGGAUGGUAAAAGCCACCAAAAACCUGCUCUUCCCAAUGAGAAUUUGGAACCCAAAAGGGAAUCUGCAAUGCCACAGCCUGAACCAAUCACAGAGAAAAAAAGUAACAACAUAUCAGAGAAUUCAAAGAAAAGAUCUCGAAGUUCAGGAGAUGUCCAAAAGAACCAGAGAAAUGCAAGGUCAAAGAAGAACCAGACUAGUGUCUCAACUACCAACAACGAUAGAGAUGGCAAUGCUGGUCCCAACGGGCAAAGUUCGGCCAGUUGCUUAUCAGAGGAUGACUCAAAUGCUUCUCAGGAGUUGAAUGGAGGAGGAGUGACCUCAAGCUCCAAAGGAGAAGCAACACUAAAUUUGAAUGGAAAAACAAGAGCUAGUAGGGGAGCUGCCACUGAUCCCCAAAGCCUUUAUGCAAGGAAAAGAAGGGAAAGAAUUAAUGAGAGGCUGAGAAUUUUACAGAACCUUGUCCCCAACGGAACAAAGGUUGAUAUCAGCACAAUGCUUGAAGAAGCUGUCCAAUAUGUAAAAUUUUUGCAGCUCCAGAUUAAGCUGUUAAGUUCUGAUGACUUGUGGAUGUAUGCACCCAUUGCUUACAAUGGAAUGGACAUUGGACUUGAUCUCAAGGUCGCCACUCCAAAACCAUCAUAGAAGAUGUGGCCUGAUGGUGUUGCGGACCAUUAACAUUUGCCAUCUGCAUAUUCUCUAAAUUUGAAAUAAGUCGUUGCCAUUUUGUAAUGGAUUUAUUUCUUUAGGUACAUAAAUUCUUCAAAUCUUAAUUGUAAUCAAUAAUUACCACGAAUCAUUCAUCAAAUUUGUCAAAUUCUUUCUUACAAUCACAUGAAAUACAAUAGUUAUGUGAACCGAGUUUCUUCGUUUUGAAUAUCUUUUUGCUACAGCUACGAACUUUGAACUCCACACUUUGAAACAUUAUCCUGAUUUCUAGAUGUUUUCUAUGCAAUAUCAUGUCUAUGGGAUGAUAUAUUCAGCUAUGUCCAUGGAUUAUAGCAAUAUUGGUACGUCUUCAUGCUGAAAAUGAUAGUUGAUUGAGUUUAGUCCGUAGCUUAGCAGAAGGAGUUGAGACCAGCGAAAUGGCAGCUAUGGAAUCCAGGUGAGGAAGGCGGUUUUAGACUUUAUUUGAAGAUCGGGAACAAGCUUCACAAACAGAUUGGUUAGAUUCGGAUAAUUACUUACAUUUCACCAUAUACGACUUACAUACAAUACUGUUUAAGAUCCAUUUGUAUGAAUGUUGACGUUAAUUCUGAUGAAAUUAAA